CAUUGCCACCCACCACCCCUAAAAUUGUGUUACUUUGAAAAUAAUAUAUAUAAAUAAAUUAUAAAAUGUAUAAAAAAUAAUUAAUGAAUUAAAAUUUGUCAAGGUUCUGUGCUGAUGGGUGAUGGCUGCGAGCCUGCGAGCACUGAACACUUGAAUUAAUCAACGCAUUUUUCAAUUUGUCUUAUUUUUUUUCUUCUUCUUCUUCCUCAACCUGCAUCCGCCGUCACCGUCACCGUCACCGUCAACGCCUUCUUCUUGAAUUCACCAACAGUGCAGAACAAUAGUAAUAAAGAAAAAGAAAACAUCUGUUUCAGUCAAGCAUCAGCAAAAUAGCAACAAUGCCGUCGGCGAUUUCUCAGAUGUCAUGUUUCUCCUCCAUAAUCAGCAACCGGCGGCUGCAGCACCGGCCCAGAUCUUCCUCUCGCCCCGACGGUUUCCGGCCUGGAAAGGUGCUUAAUGUUGUGAGUAAUGAUGGAAGUAGUCCUGAUAUAUCCAACUUGGAGAGCAAGAGUGGCCCAAGUUCCGUUAAAGAUGAAUUAAACCCACAUAAUGGAACCAAUGUAAAAUCUCAGCCUCUCACGGAAAGUUCUGUCAUUGGAGCAUCAAAUGGUCGUUCACAGGAGCAAGUCAUCAGCCAGCCGAUAAGGGCAGCUAAGAUUCACGAUUUUUGUUUUGGAAUCCCCUUUGGUGGGAUUGUGCUAAGUGGGGGACUACUUGGCUUUAUUUUCACAAGAAACCCUGUUUCUUUAAGAAUUGGUGUGCUCUACGGAGGGGCCUUACUGGCGCUUAGCACUAUUAGUUUGAAGGUCUGGAGGCAAGGAAAAUCGAGCUUACCAUUUAUACUGGGCCAAGCAGUGCUCUCUAUUGCCCUCCUCCGGAAGAAUUUCCAAGCCUAUUCAUUGACGAAAAAGCUCUUCCCAACUGGCUUUAGUAUUGCCAUCAGGAGAUAUCCACGUGGCAACAUGAGGUGCAAUUUGUGCAGUCCCCUAGUUGGGCUUUGCGUGACACAGCGUGCUGCUGCUGGGCUUAGUGGUCACAAUAAGCGUGGCCCAUGA